CCGCACAGCAGCCAGUCUUGGGAAACAAUCGAAGCAAAUCGGUCGCACAAAAUGGCAGCGAAAAGCAAUAUCUUCUGGCUCCACAUUGGAGCGCUGCUCACCUUCACGGGCCAUCGAACUUUGGCCCUGGACUUUGAGGAGUGCGCCAGUGCCCCGCAGCUGGGUGUGUAUGUGGCCAGCCACACCAACUGCUCCAAGUAUAUUUACUGCGCCGGCGCGGGCUCCUUUGAGGCCGAGUGCCUCGGUGAGCACUACUACGACGACAUCCUGGAGCGCUGCGUGGAUCGUGCGCUGGUGAAGCGAUGUCAGGCAAAGGCCUUGGAUGUGGAUGUGGAUUUGGCAGGCAACACAACCGAAUCGCCAACGAUCAGGCGAAUAUUUACGGAUUUGAUAGUGAACACAGCGACAUCACCACAACCGCUGGCCAUAACGCUGCGAUUGCUGCACAAUGCUGGGCCCUGUUAUCCCUAUAUGGUGUGCUACGAGGGCGCGGGCCUGGCCAAGACCUGCACACCCGCCCAGCUGGUGUCGUGCGCUCAGCGGCAGCCGGCCAGAGCCAUAAGCAGCUGCCUCACCGGUGUCUAUGGCUUCAUGCCGCAUCCGCGCAAUUGCGCCUACUUCUACUACUGCUCCAAUGGCUACAAGAUCAUCCAUCGCUGUCCCCUGAACUACAGCUGGAACUACGAGCAGCGCUCCUGUGUGCAGAGAUCACAGCAAAAGUGCUACAGUCAGACGCUGAGACUGCGCAAGCAAUAGAUGCCCGUGCAACAUGGUUGGCUGCCACAUUAAAUAGAUUUCAAAAUAGAUUUACUUUAAGUUUAAAGUUUAGAGUUAGUAUAAAUAGCUAAACGUGUACUCCAUCUCUACAAUUAAAAAUUAAACAGCUGCAAAUGCCGGGCAACAUUCGAGAGCUUGUCCAUGUAAAUGCUGAUAUGUCCCCUUCCUGCCUUU